CUGUGACCAGCAGCCAGACAGUCAGACAGGCAGGCAGGCAGCCUCCUCACUACAACCGACAGCACUCACCACCGCAGUCACAGCAGCAUCUCAUGCCUUCAGCUGCUCCGGGAUAGACAGCGGUCCAUCUGUCCGUCCGUCGGUCAGUCAGUCUAGUCAAGCAGUCAGGAGGGUGGAAGCCUGAAGCUCCCAGGUGAAGAUGCUGGAAAACGGAAGGAAGGUGUUCAAGGAGGGUCUGCUGGAGAAGCGGAGCGACGGGCUGCUGCAGCUCUGGAAGAAGAAGCACUGCGUCCUGACCGAGGACGGCGUGCUGCUGCUGCCGCCCAAGCAGCACGACCACCCGCAACACCAUCAGCCGCACCACGGCGGCGGGGACACGGGCAAAGUCAAGGAGCUGCACUUCGCCAACAUGAAGACGGUGGACUGCGUGGAACGGAAAGGCAAGUACGUCUACUUCACGGUGGUCAUGACGGAGGGGAAGGAGAUCGACUUCAGGUGCCCGCAGGACGAGGGCUGGAACGCAGAGAUCACCUUGCAGAUGGUCCAGUAUAAGAACCGGCAGGCGAUCCUGGCCGUCAAGUCCACCCGGCAGAAGCAGCAGCUGCUCGUCGUGCAGAUGCCCGGCCAGAAGACGGUCCGCAGCUCGCCGAACGUUGCGUGACCUGCGGCGAGUCCCGCGGACAUUGGUGCGCCAUCAGCGGUUAAUUGGACACUCAGCUGGAGGAUGAAUAUCGACCCGGGCUGCACCUCCCCCUGCCGUUUCAC